UCAUUAACCUGUACCGAUCUGACAACGAUAGCCGGAGCGCAGUUAUUUACUGCAAUCAGCAACAACAGUACGAAUAGCUACAAAACUUGAUAGAAACUGUUGCAAAAUUUGUCGACUGUUCACCGGUGCACUUACGUGCUAAACUUUUAGAAUUCUGCACCUUUUGAAGCACUGGAUUUCUGACGGCAAGCACUACUCAUGAUUUUAGUAAUCUUUGUUUCGUGAUUGCUUUUUGUAUAGCCGACACAAUGAACUGCCGGCUCAUUGUUGGGCUGUCACUGCUCGCCGGCGCCGCAAAUGCGCUGAAUUAUGUAAUUUUCGGCUUGAACACUGUCCGAUCUAACAGUGUUUUUCCAGUUUCGAUAUUGGUUGUUAACAGUACAUCCGAUGUGUACGUUAAUAUGACGCUAACCGGUUAUCGAAAUUGGUCACCGGUGAAUGGCAGUUCCAGUGAUGCGGCUCGCCGUUCUGAUUUUAAUCCCGAAAACAGCAGCUUGUCGUUCACAACAUCAGCUGUCAUCCAGGCCAACGUCCUUACGCGGGUCGAUAUGAAGGUGGGUGACUUCUCAAGCCUUGCCACGCCAGUUGCAUAUUUGAGCGUCAGUGUUGCCGACCCGACAUACUCUUUCACGGGGUAUGUAACACCAGUGGCGUUGGACAAUGCAACCAUGGGAAUGCAGAACGCGCCUGUAAAGCGCACUGGCGAACCCCUGUUCCAGAUACAAAUGGACCAGCCAUACUAUAAAGCCAAAGAUAUGGUCCGGUUUCGCGUAUUGACAGUGGAAUCGGUGGAGGACAAACUACAGCCACUGUUCGUUCCUUUAAAAAUACAGAUUUUGGAUACGCAGCGUAAUGUAGUGAAGGAGCUUAUUAAUGUCAAUAAUUCCGAAGUUACCGGGUACUUUGCUGGAGAGAUGCCACUGUCGUCGGAUCCACUGAGUGGCACUUGGACGAUUCGUGUGGUGAAUGAUUCCGUUACUGAAGAAAUGGACAAACGGUUCGUUCUGGCCAGCAAAAACUUUUCCGUCGUGGAAUUCGGGAUUCCAAGAUUCGAUGUCACAAUCGUUACUAAUAAAAUCCACAUCGCCCAGUCGGUUGACGAUGAAAUUCAGUUUCAGCUUACAGCAAACUACACAUCUGGAGAAACUGUCGAAGGGGUCUUUGACAUUGCCGUUAGUAGUUGGUAUGGUCCAUCUUUGAACGGCGACGAAAAAACAGAGUCGACACUAUUACGCAAGUCGAUGCCGACGAAUAAAAACGAGACCGUAACGGUUUUGGUACCGCUUAAAGGAGCGUUAGACAACAUACCGACAUAUCUCUAUAACGCGUUGACCAUUCAAGCAAAUUUCACUGAAUCGGCUACCGGUGUGAAGAAAAGCGCCACCCCGGCCGUCAUAUCCGUACAAACGGGACCGUACCAUGCUGUAUUUGAAUCCGAUACCGGGACGUUUAUUCCUGGAUACCCAUAUCUCCUGAAGGCUACCAUAAUCGACAGAUACGGACGUCCACCACCUCCCAUCGGCCGUAAAGCGCAGAUUAUCGCAACAUCGGCCAAUGUCUCGGCUGGUCUGUGGCAGAUUGUGCCGCUCAACGGCGAUGUAGCCUGCUUAAAGCAAUCAUUUUUGAGGCGCUACGGAUACGAUUAUCCAGAAGGCUCCUCCAGCUGGAGCUGGCAUGGAGCUGUUUUCGGUCUUCCGCGCAUUAGUUGGGGUAAAAUUAACGGCUUUGGAAUGAACGGGGGAGGCUUUGGUGGUGGCUUGAACAGUGGCAGCAGAAAGAAACGUGAUCUGGGUCCUUUCGUACAAUACAGUACCAGCAGCUGUCAUUAUCUUCCAACUAUCCUGUGGGCAGAUGUGGCCGCCGAUGGGACACUGAACGUCAGUAUACCGACGCCAAAGACAGCCGAUGCCAUGAAUAUUUUGGUUUCUUAUGAUUUCCAAGCAACGAAAGACAAGAUGGUCUUCGCCAAGCAGUCACCCAGCGGGAGUUUUUUGGAUAUUACCCCGGUUUCUGUCGAUCUGUUUGCGGGCGGUGUGACAGAGUUUGUUAUUGACACAACGACGCGACUGAAUGAAACUAUUCAGAUUUUGGUGUUGUCUAAUUCAAAUGCCAGUUUCCUAUGGAGUGACUCGGUUUCCACGCCUGGUCAACGGAUUACUGUCUCCGUGCCGCUUACUGAUGCGAUCGGCCCGGUCGGGCGCUUGAUUGCGUAUUAUGUCAGAAAGGACAGUGAAAUCGUCGGGAAUAUCAUACCACUGCAAAUCACGAAUGUUCUUUUGUCGGAACAGGUGACUCUGUUCGUAACAUCCAAGAACGGUCAAUCAUCUGCUCAACCAGGCGAAAAGGUUACCGUGAAAGCAAAGACCGGUCCAUUUUCUACGGUAGCCUUCUUGGCCAUAGAGGAGAGGCGGUCGUUAUUCAAGGCAGACAACGAUAUCAGUGAUAGUUUUAUUGGCAAAACUAAAAGAGUUUCGAACGCAAAACCUGGGUAUCGGCUUUCGAUAGCAGAUUAUUUUACGACACCGCUUGAUUCCGGCCGAGUGCAGCACUUUCUUCUGACCAACACCAAAGGUUCCGCGACUGGUCCAGACAUUGCCGCACUAGUGUGGUCUCGCGCUCAGGACGCUGGCUGUUCAUGCCCCACGGGGGAAUAUCGUUACGGCUUUCGUAUCAACACUGAUGAUGAAUACUCGUACUGCUCACACUACUGUCAAUAUCAGGCGAGAGACAGAAGAGUGGAUGCUGAUGGAACAGAACCCAAGUCGUCAUCGUUCUCCGGCGAUUCCAUAUCGCAACUGACGCGUCAACACUUCCCACAGAGCUUCCUUUUUGAAACUGCUCUAGCAGAUGCAAACGGCGAUGUGAUUUUGGAGCGCAACGUGCCGGACGCAUUAACAACAUGGCGAAUUUGGGCGUUCAGCUUGAGCAGCACUGGCGGAUUAAUUGCGUCGGCGACACCUGUCAAGCUUAAGGUUUUCCAACCAUUAAUUGCCUCUCUGGACCUACCGUACAGCGUUAUCCACAACGAAAAUUUCACAGCCGAAGUCGUCAUUUCUAACCACAUACCACAGAAGCAAGAAUUGACAGUUAACUUAACCACUCGCAAGCCGGACAACACAAUCACGACCUUCACAAAAAAUAUUAUUUCCCUGCCUAAUGACACGAUAGCGACGGUAUUUACGAUCAUUUCGGAGCAAAUUGGUGAAUGGGAACUCGAGGUCACUGUUAAAUCUGCACUCGCCUCACAUCAGUUGAAGAAAACUUUGCUCGUCAAGUCAGAAGGAGUCCAGCAGUUCUACAGCCAGCCAGUACUCAUCGAUCUCCACAAAUCCAGUGCUUUUGAUACAGUGAUCCAAUUACCAAUAGAUCCAGCUGAUAAGGUCAGCGGAUCCGAGAAAGUGACAGUUGCCGUUGUCGGUGACAUUCUCGCCGUCUCCAUUAGUAAUUUGGAUAAACUGAUCAGACUUCCGUCUGGAGGUGGAGAACCGAACAUGGCAAUAGUAGCGUCCAGCGCUACAAUGUUAAAACAUCUGCGAAAUACCAAUCGGACAUUGCCUCAAAAGGAGAAAAACUUGGUAAGCAAUAUUCAGCUGCGUUACCAACAAGCGCUGUCCUAUCUGCGCAGUGAUCAUUCGUUCAGUAUGUGGGGAGCAUCUGACACAAACGGCUCUACAUGGUUGACCGCUUAUGUCACCAGAGUUUUUGCCGAAACAUCCGAGCUACUUCCAAACAGCAGCGCUGCAGUUAUCAAAAAAGCGGUUCAGUUUUUACUUGAUCAGCAAAACAACGAUGGCUCGUUUCGCGAAAGCGGAGGAAAGGUCCAAAACAGCUAUACCGAAAGCGGUGAUUCCAAACUCGUAUCCUUAACAGCAUUCACGGUUCUAUCGUUUACGGAAUAUAUCAAGACAGGAAGGGCUGACACCGAAAAACUGGACGCUUCGAUUCAGAAAGCAGUGGAAUAUUUGGAAUCGCACCUGGAAAACGUUAAGAGGGAUUCGUACGCUUUAGCGAUAACUGCGUAUGCAUUGGCGCAGGCUAACAGUUCAAAGAGCUUAGAUGCACUGAACCGGUUGAAAGAUGUAAUGGUCUACGAUGUUUCAACUGUGCGCUGGAAGAAUAUUGCGUCAGCCGACGAUGACGGGGAAGACAACAGCUAUUCGUAUUCCACACAUGCCAAAGAUGUGGAAACCACAGCGUAUGCGCUGCUGGCGCAUAUGGCCAAUGGAGAUCGGAACAUAUCGCUAAAAAUCGCUUCCUGGUUGAUUUCGAAACAAAAUACUGAAGGUGGAUUCUUUUCCACAGCGGAUACAGCAGUUGCGGUAGAAGCGUUAGCCGAAUUUGCCCAGUCCUUCACGGAUGCUCCAUCGAUUCAAAUCGAUAUCACGAAUGGCCUUCAGAAGAGCGAUAUGGCGAUCUCGCCGGAAACAUCAAUGGUUGUGCAUUCCUCACAAUUUGAACAGAAGCCUACGGACAUCGCGAUUCAUGCCAGAGGAAGCGGGAUAGCUGUCGCUUACAUAAGCUGGACAUACAAUGUACUGCAACCAGUCGAGGGCUGGGCGUUUGACCUCAACGUCACUCUAUCCCGCACCGGAUCCGCCAAGGCUCACCGUCUGAACAUCUGCACCAGAUACUGGAAAGAUGGCGCAAGCAGCCUGACGCUUAUGGAGGUCAGUGCGCUGUCCGGUUACCAGUUUGACGAAGAAGAGGUCAAGCAGCUUCCGCCAGCAGUUAAAUCACCGCGAAAAAGCGAGUUGGAUAAUGAGGGCAGCAAACUAAAUUUGUAUUAUGAGGAGAUGACGCCGACUGCCAUCUGCUUCAGUUUGACCAUGCAUCAGACUCACAAAGUGGAGAAUUUGAAAGCCCAAAGCGUAGUAAUUUAUGAUUAUUACAAUCCCAAAGAUCGACGAACGGUUUUCUAUUCAUAAAUGACUUCCAAAGCUUACCAUAUACAGAUACCUACAUAACGUAGCACUGGCAUUUAUGUACCUGAUACGGCAGCGAUACACCCAUUCUCCUGGGUGUGAAUAACGAUACAAAAUCGGUAUUAUAUUUAUUGCGA